AUGGUUCUUAGAUUCAAACUAAACAUAGGCAUAAUUCCUGAUGAGAUUGGUCAUCUUCAUAACUUGAAGUACUUGUUCAUGGAAAUAAAUUCAUUAAUGGGCUCAAUCCCUUUAACCAUAUUCAACAUGUCAUCACUUCAGGUUUUAAUUAUUACUGAUAACAAAAUUGAAGGACGUCUACCAAGAGAAGUUGGAAAUUUGACUAUGCUUAACAUACUUGAUCUUUCAAUGAAUAAACUGACAGGUGUAAUUUCAAAUGAAGUUGGUAACCUUCAAGAGUUGGAGAACCUUGCAUUGUAUUUGAAUAACUUUAAUGGGUCGAUCCCUAUUGGUAUCUUCAAUAUCUCAUCUCUUUUAUCUAUUUCACUCACAAAUAAUCACAUUUCAGGCAACCUUCCUUCCACUAUAGGCCAUGGGUUACCUAACGUUGAAGCAAUAUUUGUUGGUGGAAACAACAUUAAUGGUAUCUUACCUGGUUCCAUCUCAAAUUUGUCUAAACUGACCCAUCUCGACCUUGGUGCAAAUGAACUUAGUGGUCCAAUUCUUGAAUCUCUAGGAAAAUUAAGAUUUCUUGAAAUUCUCCAUUAA